UUGGGGGUGUUUUUCUUUUGUCGAGCGUGAACAAGAGACAAACUUCUACCAUGGCACUGGUUAUGGAGCCUGUGAGCAAGUGGAGCUCCAGUCAGGUGGUUGACUGGAUGAAAGGCCUGGACGACUGCCUGCAGCAGUACAUCAAGACCUUCGAGAGGGAGAAAGUAGGGGGGGACCAGCUGCUGCGUAUCACCCACCAGGAGCUGGAGGAUUUGGGAGUGUCCAGAAUUGGCCACCAAGAGCUCAUACUGGAGGCUGUGGACUUACUCUGUGCUCUGAAUUAUGGGCUGGAGACUGAGAAUCUGAAGACUCUUUCUCAUAAGCUCAAUGCGUCUGCCAAGAACCUGCAGAACUUCAUCACAGGCAGGCGGCGCAGUGGCCAUUACGACGGCCGAGCCACUCGCAAGCUGCCCAAUGACUUUCUUACCUCCGUGGUGGACCUGAUCGCUGCGGCUAAAAGCCUUCUGGCGUGGCUGGACAGGUGAGAUUUGCAAAAAGGUGCACCUGUAAUACAUUUAAGUGUGUUAAAUCGCAUGUGUAAACAAUUAUAUACACACAUAAAUACAUUGUAACAGUGCUCUCUGAAUGUUCCCCAGGACUGCUCUGUGUACGAAACAGAAAACAAAAUCCUGCAUGUGUGUAAAACUCUGUCUGGAGUGUGCGACCACAUUAUUUCUCUGUCCUCGGAUCCCAUGGUGUCCCAGGCCGCACAUUUGGAGGUUGUGCAGCUAGCCAACAUAAAAUCCACUGAAGGACUGGGCAUGUAUAUCAAAUCAACAUAUGACGGUUUGCAUGUAAUCACAGGGACAACAGAAGGAUCCCUCGCUGACCGCUGUAAGAAAAUCCAUGCUGGAGAUGAAGUCAUUCAGGUCAAUCAUCAGACAGUGGUGGGCUGGCAGCUGAAGAACUUGGUGAAUUUGUUGCGUGGGGACCCCGCAGGUGUCACCCUGACUUUGAAGAAACGCCCUCAGAGCACGCUCACCUCAACCCCUGCUCUGCUCAAAAACAUGAGAUGGAAACCAUUGGCUCUGCAACCAAUCUUCCCUCAGAGCCCCAGCAGCAGUGUCGCCACGCCCACCAGCACUUUAAGUACUCCAUCCAGGAGGAGUAGCUGUGCCCUGCAAGACCUCUACAUCCCCCCUCCUCCAGCAGAACCCUACACCCCGAGAGAUGACAAGGGAAAUCUACCGGGUGAUGAUCCUCAAUCAGACAUCCAUGUCGCCGAAGGAUCUGAGUCACCAAACUCCUACCUGGACCAGGAGUGUCGGGGGCAAUUUCCUCUGGUGGAGGAAGAUGCUAUACUGUACUGUUAUGAGUACGACCAGAACCAAGAGGUGUCAUCAGUCCGCAGGGGGAGCACUCCCACAUAUGAGAAUUCCCUGCUGCGUUUUGCGAGUGAAGAUAAGACCCUGGGGGAGAACUUCCUGCUGGGACGCAGCCUGAGUCAGAACAGGAGGAAGACUGAGCGAGGAGGCAGCCCCACCCAUUAUACGCUCGUCCCAGCCCUCCAGAUGGAAGUCUCUCUGUCCACAUCCAGCUCUGACUCUGCCUCCCUCUACCAUGUGUUUGAACGCUCCUCACUGCUGUCAAGGUCAAAGAAGAAGAGUAAAGCUGGAAGUCCCAUGUCUUCAAUCAGCAAGCGGCGGAUUUCCUGCAGGGACUUGGGUCAGGGGGACUGUGAGGGAUGGCUGUGGAAAAAGAAGGAUGCUAAAACCUAUUUUUCGCAGAAGUGGAAGAAGUACUGGUUCAUCCUGAAAGACACGUGCCUGUACUGGUACAUGAAUGAGGAGGAUGAGAAGGCAGAGGGCUUUGUCAGCCUCCCAGAGUUCAAGAUUGAUCGUGCCACUGAAUGCAGAAGGAAGUUCGCUUUCAAGGCAUGCCAUCCGAAGAUAAAGACGUUCUACUUUGCAGCAGAAAAUGUAGACGACAUGUCCCGGUGGCUGAGUCGUCUGAGUAUGGCAGUGGCAGGCUACUCCGAGCAGGAGAAAAUUCGCCAGGACCAAGAUUACUGGAGUGAGAGUGAUCACGAGGACCUGGAGAUGCCCUCGAUGCCCAAACAGGACAGUCCUCCACCACCUUAUGACACCUAUCCCAGAGCAUCCUCGGUGAGUCCCUACCUGGAGCCGAAACGUGGCCAUCUCUCCUCCUCUGACACGUUCCAGUCCCGCUCCUCUCAUGAGGAGUUCCACUCUGAGCCUCCAGACGGCAGCAGCAGCAACAACAGCGUGUCCCCCGGGCAGAAGACUAGCAUCCACAGAAACUCAUGGCAGGACCAGAUGGAGAGCAACGCGAGGAUGCACUACCUCCAGACAUUUCCUGUGGAGGAGACCAUGCUCUCUGGCGACAGAGACCAACUGGCAAUGGAGUACCGCAGGCAGUCCACUCUGCCCGCACAGCGCAGCCUGCUGCAAGAGCAGUACAGGGCCCUGCCUCUGCCCCUCAGGGCCAGUAUCGAUUCAGAGGCGGGAGGGAAGCCACGCAGCUUCACGCUACCCAGAGACAGCGGGCUGCACGCUAUCCUGGCUGCCACCGCCGCCGCGGAUCAGAGAGAGCCCCAGCACUACCACCUGGACAGGGCCAGAGACACUGGCCAUGGACGGGACUGCAGGAUGCAGGCAGACUCUCUGGGAGAUUUGUACCGGGCUCUGGAGCAGACCAGUCUGUCCACCUCAGAUGACCACAGAUCAGCCAGCCGCCUGGAGUACAAGCGCUCAUUUGUCCGCCGGGUCAACGACCCCCUGCUCAAUGACAAGCUUCACCGCCUCCGGAUCCUCCAUAGCUCACUUAAGAAUGUCCCUCUUCAGGACACAAAUCGGUCAUUGGGUUUUUUAGGGUAAGGAUCUGUGUGUUGAUUGAACCUCAAAUGUAUCGCGUCUGCCUGUGCCUCACACUGCCGGCAUCCUUCUGCUGGAGAUAAAAGGCACCUAAAACCUCCUUUUACCCGCUCAGCUCUACAUCUCCUUUUUCUGUACCGCUACUUCAACCUCGCUCACCGUGCAGGAGCACAAAGACUUGGUGUCUCCACCCAAUCUCUCUCUUUUAAAGAUGAGGGCUGUUACAAAAUGGCAAAAAAAAAUUGUCUGGCUUGAUAAAAUGACUCGUAGACUCGCAGGUUUUAUGACAGGGUUUAAGCACUUUGUGUCUGUGUCCAGGACUUGUAGGAGAGCUUUGUAACUCAUCGCUCAUACUGUAUGCAUGGCCACCUCCCCUCACAUCUGUUGAAUUGUUUUGAACAUUAUGCUGGAGUUGGAGUACAGCUGCUCAGUAAGAUUCGACGGAGGAAUUAAAAGCUAUUUUGGAUGUACACAACGUUUUGUUAUGCAUGUGUGUAUGAUUAAAGAGUAUGUUUGUUCUAUGAGUGUACAGGGUGUUAAGCAUAUAUAUAUUUAAUAUUACAUUACUACAACAAUACAGUGACUACACAAUGUUUUGGGGUACUUAAUACAAACUGUAAAUCAAGUGCUGUGCCUCAGUGAUUGUGAAUGUACAUUGUACUUUUCCAAGAGAGACAAGGAAAGAUAUAGAAAGCAAGCUAUUCCUCAAAACAGGGGCAUAAGAAUAUAACGCUUGGCAAUAAUGAACUAGUAUUGUAAAUUACAAAGGAAUGAACAUAAUAGUUGUCUAUUUUUGUAUGCAUGCCGUCUACCUAAUUGCUUGUAAAACAGUUUUGUAUUUCUAAGUGCCCCCCCCCCCAACUCCCCCCUACCACAACAUUGUGUUUAUAAGACUUAUUUUACAAUUUGUCCCAGAAAAUUGCAGUUGAUUUUUUUUUUAAUGUUUGCCACAAAAAGAGGAAUAACUGUAUUUAUUAGGUGUUUAAUGUACAAGCAUGCUUUGUAUAACUAAAACACAUUACCAUGCCAUUGGAAAUUGACUUGCAUUACAAGUGUGCCACAUUGUAGCUACAAUACUUUUUUAAGGAAUAAAGUAUGGAAUGGGCACACGUAA